CUUUUCCUGCAUCGAUGCCUUUAUAUUUUCUUGUAUAAGCAUAUAUACUUAGAAAAAUUCAAAUAUAAUUUAUUAAUUUUAGAAGAAUUCCUUCUGAAAUAUAUUUAUUAGAAGACGGAUAAACUUUAUAAAUUGUUUGGUUGAAACAAUUUUAUCGUAAAUUAAAAGAAGAUCCAAUAAUUGAAUAAUUUCAUAUAAGCUAAUUAUUAAUGCCUUAAGGUUAAGAUUAAGUUCCUUUAAGAGGCGACUUAUUUCCAGAAGUAUAUCCGUUUUAGGAUUAUAGACCCCUUAAUUAUGCUUGGUUUAAAUAUUUUACAACAUAAUAAAACUUUUUUAUAUUCCAAAAUAUUAUAAUUAUAUCAAUCCUGAGAUUUUAGUUAAUGUAUUUAAUGGAAAGAUAAUUAAUAUUAACUAAAGCAAUAUUGAAAGAAUAGAUUAUGAACUAAAGGAUAAACAUAACAAUUUAUGAGAAAAUUUAUAAAUUCUUUUAUUUUUUGUAUAUUAAAAUUUAAUAUAAAAUGGAUAAUUAACAUAAAUUUAAUUAUGUGUACACUUUUUUUAUUUAAAUAAUUAUUCAUAUAUAUAUAUAUAUAUAAUAUUUAAAAGAAAAUUUAUGA